AACCCCCAACCCCAGGAAAAUAAAGCACGUUUCUUGCAUUAGUUUGACUGAAGGGGGAGGUGUUGCAAUUGAUACACAAAGAGAAACAGGCAUUUUGCUUGGCAGUGGUGUGAAAUCAGGGCUGGGAUGUGUACAAAAGAUAAAACAACAAGGAGUCCUUUGGCAUCUUAACAACUAAUACAUUUAUUUGGGCAUCAGCUUUCGUGGGCAAAAGCCUCACUUCAUUAGUGUUUCAGAUCCCCAUGGUUUGAGUUUCUGGUUCUGAGUUUGCAGGUUAAAAAGAAGGACGCCCCCGGUGGUUUUUAGUGUAGGUAUUUUAUUGUAAUGAGCCAGUAAAAGUUUUGCUGAUUGGACCCAAUUUGCAGGAUGGUGAUUUUUCCACAAUAGCGGGAUGAAAUGUGGGUCCGGAUGAGGGUUGCAAUGCAUGUGUGCAGAAGUGUGUUUUUCCCGCUACCGUCUGUCUCACGGCUACAAUCGGUGCAAAAAGAAAUGGAUGGAAUUUUACUGUAGGACUCUGGACUCAGUGAUAGAAAUUUGCACAGAAAUACGAUACAGAUGCACUGUUCUUGCAAGAAGCUUCAAAUGCACUUGCCAUUUUGUAUUCUUUCCUUUGGGGAUAAAUCACCAGGAGGAUGUUUCAUUCUGCCUACACAGCAUCCCCCUAAGCAGUAUUUGCUAAUCUUUGGAGCACCGUCUCAAUAAUAAACACUUAGCUUCUGAUCUGGCACAUUUGUCCAUAUAACGUGCUGGAAGCCAGAAGUUGCUCAGUAUGACGACAGAGACCUGUGUGAAGGACAUUAAACCCGGCUUGAAAAACUUGAACCUUAUUUUUAUAGUACUGGAGACAGGUCGGGUGACCAAGACCAAGGAUGGCCACGAGGUGCGGACGUGCAAAGUAGCCGACAAAACUGGCAGCAUCAACAUCUCUGUGUGGGACGACGUAGGGAACCUCAUUCAGCCAGGAGACAUCAUCCGAUUGACCAAAGGCUACGCGUCAGUUUUCAAAGGCUGCCUGACCCUCUACACGGGGCGCGGAGGAGACCUGCAGAAAAUCGGAGAGUUCUGCAUGGUUUACUCUGAGGUCCCGAACUUCAGCGAACCCAACCCAGAGUACGUGAACCAGCCAUCCCAGAGCAAAGCUGCCCAGAACGACAACGCGACGCCUGCCGCUUCCCAGACCACCCCGGGCCCCUCCGCGUCAUCUCCAGCUGCCGACAACCAGAACAGCAACGGACUGGGCGCCCCGGGUCCCAGCGGCCCCCCGCGCCCGCCCAGCGGCCCAGCCCACCCCACCAGCGGCCGGAUCACCAGGAGCCAGCCGAACCACCAGGGCGCGGGCUCAGCCGGGUCAGGCUCUUCCUCCAACCCCGUCAGCAACGGCAAAGAGACCCGGCGAAGCAGCAAGAGAUAACGCCUCCGGGCUGGGCCCCAGCCCAUGCUUGGUGCCGGCUCGCCCUGGGCCCCACAGCUGAGGCGCCGGGGCGGGGGGGGCGAGCUGCGGGGCAGGGGGGAGAGACUGUGGCCAGCCGUCGCUGGAUCAGAGCCCGCGAAAUCUGGAGUGUUCUGGCCGCUGCGGUCGUGGCCGUUUGAACCAGGAUUGUGGCAUUCUCCUGAGCAGGGGUGGGGAGGGAGGCCCCCCCCCAUUUGGAAACCAGCCCUUUAGCCGCAGGGCUCAGCUCUGAAACUCAGCUGCAGCCCUGCCCCCCAGGAUCUCCCUGCUCCCCCCUCGCCCCCACCCAUCUCUCUGGAUUUUGCUCCUUUGGGGGCUUUUUUACAAUUAUCCCGACGCUUUUUAGAAAACGUUCGAAAGCCGCUUCUGGCAGGUGGGGUCAGCAGCCAGGAACAUCCUUUGAAGGGUGUAACUUGGGGGCAACAGCGGGGCGCUCCGCUUCCCCCUGGGAGGGGCCCCUCUGGGCCUGGGUGUCUCCGCUGAGGCUGUGGAAGACGGAGUUUGGGGCCAACUCUCCCUUCCCCCCAGUCCAGCGGGAACCCUGGGGGCAAACGCAGGGCAAGAGAGGAGGGAUGAGUUUGCCGGGGCUCAGCCCGGUUCCUAGGAGACACACGUCUCCGUCACCAUGGGUCCCCCCUCCCUCUUGAAGCCCCCUUCACAGCCUGGAGCUGGAGGGGACAGCUCCCUGGACAGGCUCCCCGUGGCAGGGGCUAGAUGGAGCGUUUGGGCUCCGGGCCCCUUCGGCCCGACUGGGCAGG